AUGCCCUGUGAAGACGACUUAAAACAUGCGUCGUCUCUCGACGAUCCGGGAAGCGCCUCACAAGAGAAGAUCGAAGAUGAGAGGAAGGACGAGGUGGAUGUUCUUCCCGAGGAAAGCAGACGGGCUGCAGAACGGAAGCUGGUCCGAAAGCUAGACUGUCGGCUGAUGCCAACUGUGGUCGUCAUCUAUCUUCUCAAUUACCUUGACCGAGUCGCGGUGACAUCCGCACGUUUACAAGGUCUAGAGAGAGACCUCAAGCUAUCUGAUGUUCAGUACGAUGCAGUCGUCGCCGUACUAUUUGCAUCGUAUUGUCCAGCCCAAAUACCUUCAAAUAUCAUCAUCAGCUAUAUCUCACGACCCUCGCUAUACAUUGGCGCCUGCGUUGUCGCAUGGGGUCUUACUAGUGCACUUUCUGGGGCUACCCAUAACUUUAUCGGCCUACUGCUGUGUCGUAUAUUCAUCGGGCUUCCGGAGGCCGCGUUCUAUCCGGGAUGUUCGUACCUGCUAUCACGAUGGUACACAAAAAAGGAACUCGCCUUCCGCUCCGCUAUAUUCUACGAGGGUCAGAUGAUCUCCAACGCCUUCGGCAGCUUGGCUGCCGCUGGUAUUCUUGGCAAUAUGGAAGGUGCACUUGGAAUCGCUGCGUGGCGAUGGUUGUUCUACAUUGAGGGUGCAAUCACGAUGUUCUUCGGCUUCCAAGUCAUGUGGCUUCUGCCAGAUUGGCCGGACAACACACGGUGGCUAUCUAAAGCUGAGCUGCGACUGGCGCAGGUGCGUCUCGCCGAGGAUGCCGGUGAGGCGGACAAGGAUGCGGACGUCUCGAUCUUGGAGGGUUUCAAGCUGGCGAUAAGGGAUCCAAAAGUCCCUCUAUUUAUGCUUAUGCAAUUCGCAGAGCUCAUUGGGCUGGGAUUUGUCAACUUUUUCCCGACGUUGGUCGGUACACUGGGUUUCAGUACUACUACCACACUCUUGCUUUGCGCUCCUCCGUGGAUCGUCGCUGGUUUCUUGAGUGUAGGAAACGCAUGGAUAGCUGACAAGCGGGGCGACCGCUUCUGGAGUCUCGCGAUAUGGUGGUGGAUCUGCACCAUCGGGUACAUCAUCGGGCUUUCGACGAUGUCUACUGGUGGGCGGUACUUCUACUUGUUUUGUCUCUGCUCGGGAUAUGUCGGAUUCGCACUGACACUCGCAUGGGUGUCGAACGCCGUGCCCCGUCCACCUGCCAAACGCUCUGCGGCAAUCGGGCUGGUCAAUGGGUUCGGGAAUACGGCGCUCAUCGUCAGCUCCUUCAUGUGGAAAGCCGACUGGGGUCCCCAAUACCAGCCAUCGAUGAUCAUUUCCAUCGCGGCGAUGGCGUUCGCGUUCGUUCUUGCGUGCAUCAUACGGUACAUGCUCGUCCAGGAGAACAAAAAGAUGGACCGCGACGAGCUGGAAAUCAUAGAAGGACCGGAGCGGGAGCGCAUCGAGGAGGCGGCAAGGCUCGAGGGCAUCUCGUUCGACGAGGCCGUGCGCCGGCGGAAGGGGUUCCGGUAUCUCACGUAG